AUGUCCGAGGACCUCCGUGAUGAGGUAGAGGCUUUAAAUUCCAUCUACGGCGAGGGCUGUCUAAUCCCCUCUGAGGAUCAAGACGAGACCCCAGCACCCUCAUCAGCAACAUACAUCUUACAACUACCAGGCGAUGAGUCUUCGUCUUUGAGACUACAAUUUCCGGCUUCGUAUCCUGCUGAGCCACCAAGUGUGUUAGGGACACAACAUAGUUCCGGAGGUAGAAAAGGCGCCGGCGCGAGAGACCUGGGCGUAUUUAGGGAAGCUCUGGGGACGGUCUUCCAGCCAGGCAGCGUAUGUCUAUUCGACGCGGUAGAAGAAUUCUCAAGAAGGAUAGAGGAAGAGAAGGAGCAAGAAGAGUUGCUCCGGCAACAACAGGAAGAAGAUGACGACGUUGACGGAGAAGGCCGGAAUGCAGAUCGCGGCGAAAGGACGGUUGACAACAACGCCGGCCAAGUGGAUUUCGCAACCAUGACGCCUCCGCCAUGGACGCUCUCCGAAGUCGUCGUGGAGAAUAAAUCGACCUUUGUAGCCCACGUUGCGCGAGUUACAUCCCCAGCAGAGGCGAAGCUCUUCCUGCAGCAUCUCCUCUGGUCAGACAAGCGCAUACGCUCCGCAACGCAUAAUAUUACAGCGUGGCGGAUCCGCGGCGCAGGCGGCGUGAUUUAUAAUGACUCUGAUGGAGGUUUGGGAUGCGAUGGUUGUGGUGACGAGGUGGUAUGGCGGGGUGAAGCUGGGGCCGAGAAGGUUUGCGUUGAUUAA